GGCGGGGCUUCUGGGGCGGAGCAGCUACCAUCUUGGAACGGGAGGCGGAGCAGAGCCGACUGGGAGCGACCGAGCGGGCCGCUGCCGCCGCCAUGAACCCCGAAUAUGACUACCUGUUUAAGCUGCUUUUGAUUGGUGACUCGGGCGUGGGCAAGUCAUGCCUGCUCCUGCGGUUUGCUGAUGACACAUACACAGAGAGCUACAUCAGUACCAUCGGGGUGGACUUCAAGAUCCGAACCAUUGAGCUGGAUGGCAAAACCAUCAAACUUCAGAUCUGGGACACGGCAGGUCAGGAGCGGUUCCGGACGAUCACUUCCAGCUACUACCGGGGGGCUCACGGCAUCAUCGUGGUGUACGAUGUCACUGACCAGGAAUCCUAUGCCAACGUGAAGCAGUGGCUACAGGAGAUCGACCGCUACGCCAGUGAGAAUGUCAACAAGCUCCUGGUGGGCAACAAGAGUGACCUCACCACCAAGAAAGUGGUAGACAACACCACAGCCAAGGAGUUUGCAGACUCUCUGGGCAUCCCCUUCCUGGAGACGAGUGCCAAGAACGCUACCAAUGUAGAGCAGGCGUUCAUGACCAUGGCUGCUGAGAUCAAAAAGCGGAUGGGGCCCGGGGCAGCCUCGGGGGGUGAGCGGCCCAACCUCAAGAUCGACAGCACCCCUGUGAAGCCUGCUGGCGGCGGCUGUUGCUAGGAGGGGCAUGUGGGGUGGGACAGGAGGGGCACCUUCUCCAGAUGAUGCCCCUGGAGGGGGCAGGAGGGGCCUCCCUCUCCUGGGGCAUUUGAGUCUGUGGCUUUGGGGUGUCCUGGGCUCCCCAUAUCCCUCUGGCCCAUCUGUCUGCCGCCCUGAGCCCCGGUCUGUCAGGGCCCCCAAGGGAGGACACCCAGGACCUGUGGCUGGGGUAGGGGUAGGGGCUUGCUCUGCUGCUGCCUCUAGGUAACUUUAAAAGAUACCCCACCACACACCUUUCUUUGGGAUGAGGGCUCCUCUGUCUGUCUCCCUCCUCUUGCCCCCCAUUAUGCUGCAAUGGGUUUCUCUCCUUAACCCUUCUUCCUUGUCUCCCCCAACCCCCUUACCCCAGAGCUGCGGGCCUCCCUGGCCUCUACUGCCCCUGGCUGCAGUUGGUGCCCAGGGCCAGGAAUGGGACCAGGGGAUCCAGGCCCUGGGAUCCAGGGCCCUGGGCCGGACCUCAGGACGGGCAUGGGGGCCGCAGGGGCCUGGCAGCCCACCCUCACCUCUCCUCCCUGCCUCCCUUCCCACACUCACAGCUCCAGCCGUCCAGCUACGGUGGGGUCUGAGCACAUCUAGGGCAGGUGGGCGGGCAGCCGCGCUGGGCCCGUGUCUUGAGCCCAGAGGGAGCCUGCUCCUUGCCGCCCCCUGCCCUGCCAGAGCCAGGCCCAUGUGCUGCCUGCCCACCGUGCCCCUUUGUCCCCAAGGCAGGCGGAGGUGGAAGGC